UCAGGGGUUGGGGGAAAUGCGGGAAGCGGGUGAGUUGGUCACCCUGCGGGGGGUGGGGGUGGGGGGGGGGGGAAUAGAAGGGCAGAAAGGGGGAGAGCCGACCUUGGAGAUUGACGAGUUGGGGGGCUGCUUGGCAGAGGGCGUGGGCCAAGGCAGGGCGACAGGCGGGCACGGGGAGGGCGCCCAACUAGGUGGGGGGCCCUCGAUGGUGCCUCAGGGCCCAGAGGCGCUGGCCCCCCCGUGGGCCUCGGGCGCUCCGAAUCCCGGGUCUUCAGCGACUGCCACCUGCCCGCCGCCCCGGCUCCCGGCCCCAGCGUCCCCUGAGGCGCCGGCCCCCCGCCGCGGCGCCGUCUGCGCCAGUGUCCCCCAGAAGCUGGCGGAGGCGCUGAGCAGCCAGUACGGGCUGAACGUGUUCGUGGCGGGGCUGCUGCUCCUGCUGGCCUGGGCCGUGCACGCCUCGGGCGUGGGCAAGAGCGACCUGCUCUGCUUCCUCACGGCGCUCAUGCUGCUGCAGCUGCUCUGGAUGCUGUGGUACGUGGGCCGCAGCUCCGCGCACCGCCGCCUCAUCCGCCUCAAGGACGCGCAGGCCGGCGCGCGCUGGCUCCGCGGCAGCAUCACGCUGUUUGCCGCCAUCACCGUCAUCCUGGGGUGCUUCAAAAUUGGGUACUUCGUUGGAUUUUCUGAAUGUUUAUCUGCCACGGAAGGCGUUUUCCCCGUCACGCAUGCGGUGCACACGCUGGUGCAGGUUUACUUCCUGUGGGGCCACGCGCAGGACAUCAUCCAGUCCUUCAAAACCCUGGAAAGGUUUGGGGUGAUCCACUCGGUGUUCACCAACCUGCUCCUGUGGGCCAACGGUGUCCUGAACGAGUCCAAGCACCAGCUCAACGAACAUAAGGAGCGGCUCAUCAUGCUGGGCUUCGGGAACAUAACCAUCGUGCUGGAUGACCACACGCCUCCGUGCAGCUGCACCCCCCUCACACUCUGCUCCGCCGUCUCCCAAGGGGUCUACUAUCUCUACCCUUUCAACAUAGAGUACCAGAUCCUCGCCUCCACCAUGUUCUACGUGCUGUGGAAAAACAUCGGGCGCAAGGUGGACAGCCACCAGCCCCCCUCCAGGCAGCUCAGGCUCCGCGGGGUGGCGCUGGGCUCGGCGCUGGGCCUGACCGUGCUGGCCGCCACCAUUGGGGUGGUGGCGGUGUAUCUGGCUCAGAUCGGCCGCUCCAAGACCAGGAGCGAGUCGGCGCUCACCAUGUUCUACCUGUAUGCCGUCACCUUGCUGGGUCUCAUGGCGGCCGCGGGCCUGCUGGGCAUCCAGAUUCACAGGACAGACGAGAGGUCCCUAGAUGAGUCCAAAAACCCGGCCCGCAAGCUGGACACGGAGCUCCUGGUGGGCACGGCCUCGGGCUCCUGGCUCAUCUCCUGGGGCUCCCUCUUGGCCAUCUUCUGCGCAGAAGCCCGCCCCCCGUACACCUGGUACAACCUGCCCUACUCCGUCCUGGUGAUCGUCGAGAAAUACAUCCAGAACGUCUUCAUCAUCGAGUCCACCCACCGGGAGCCCGAGAAGCUCCGGGAGGACGUCAGGACCCUGCGGGUGGUCACCGUCUGCGGCGGCCCGGCCUCCUGCCCCGCGCCCUCCUGCGGCCCCACCGGUGUGGCCCCCAUGGGUGGGAUGGCGGCCGGGGACGUGCUCCCCCGGGGCGGCCCGAGGCCCCCCGCAGCGAGUGUGCGGGAAGACGGCGGCAAAGAGGAAGAGGACGGGCCCGGGGAGGCGGCCCUGGGCGCAGCCUGCCACCCCCGUUUCCUCCAGGGCGACGCCAAGACGGCGGUCUUGAGGAACAUUGCAGCCUUUUUGUUCCUCUGCAAUAUUUCGCUUUGGAUACCUCCUGCCUUCGGCUGCCGCCCAGAGUAUGACAACGGGUUGGAGGAAAUUGUCUUUGGCUUUGAGCCCUGGAUAAUCGUGGUCAACCUGGCCAUGCCGUUCUCUAUUUUCUACCGCAUGCACGCAGCUGCCUCGCUCUUCGAGGUCUAUUGUAAAACCUAGUCCUGGCUCCGCAUGAAAGACGCGGAGGCCGUGAGGCGCCAUGUGCCACCUGCCCUCGCCAGGCUGGGUAAACACCGACCCACGCGGCCACGAGAGCCCUUUGUGUGUGUCACUGCUGCCCACCGCGCUGGGCGAAGGCAAACACCGCUGAGCAAGGUUGUCUCGCGGCUGGAGUCGAUUUUCAUCCAGUGCAGGGGAAGGAAUCUGAUCCAAGUCUGGAAAACAACUGCCCGGUGUCUUUCAUAGAAACCAUGUCCUGUCCCCCGCUGGUCACGCCCUAGCACCCGUCCCCCCCAACCCCCUCAAGUUGACCCUUCCCGGGGCUGACGGUGCAGAUCUGAUCCCAUUUUGUUUAUCCUGUACUUGCUGACGAGGUUUCAUUUCUGGAGCAAAGUUAUUUUUAUUUUCUGGAGAUGCCCGUGUGUGUGUGCCCAUUUCAAUAUAAAGAUAUUUCUCUCCCGCUCUUUGGGCUCAUUUUCGAUGGUGAUCAUUUUUUAGGUUUUCUAAAAAUAAAUUUUACAAUUUCUGCUCUCACUAUAAAUGUAGACGCGCUGAUCACUGGGAAUCUGGGCGGUUCAGAAGAGCGGAGAGAGCUCCAUCGCCCAGCGCGCUGUUGUACAAGUGACACCAGCUGGCAUCCAUCUGGCCUCCCGCUCGCCUCCCUCGCACUGCGCCGGACCUCCUGCCGGGUGACCGACCCGUCGGCCUCAUCGCAGGCUGCGACUCACAGGCUGGCUAGUGACUGUACCGCCGUGGGCUGUGGGCUUUAGGUUUGUGACUUUCUGUAUUUUUUUUUUUUAAGUGCCGUUGGGGAAAUCGCCAUGUCUGCAAAGCACAUCCUGCAUUUAGAAUGCGUCUCUGGGACAGACACUGAGAGUCAGCCUGCCUACCCCCAGCUCAGACAUAUUUUUAAAAAAUAGUAGAAUAGCUUAUUUUUACAUCGUUUUGUGCCUUUUCCCA